AUGGAAUUACAAGAUGAAAUCGAGUCGCAAGUCGAGUCACCAGCCGAAAUUGAGUCGCAAACCGAAAUUGAGUCACAAGAUGAAAUUGAAUUGCAAGCCAAAAUGGAUUCGCAAGAUGAAAUUGAAUCAGAAAACGAAAUAGAAAUGCUGGAUGAAGCGGAAGUGCACAAUGAGACGGAAUCGCAGGACGAAACAGAAGAUAUUGAAGAAGGCUCAAUAAUAGAUGAGGAUGACAGUGAUGCUAAUAGCGAUAUCAGCAACAUUAUAGACGAUCAAAUAGUUGACGCACUGAUAAAUAUAGACCAAAUGUUGAAUACAAGCGAAAAUGUAACUUACUUUAAAAAUCUGACCUCUGCAUUACUGUUUUGCUAG